AUGACAUUUGACGAUGAGGCAAAUUCUCAAGUGAUUCGAUGUUAUUUGGAUGGUCCAUUAAAACGUACUUCAUCCAACGCGUAUAUCAAUUAUUUUAAUUAUCCAGAAGAAAAUUCAGAUCUAUCCGAGUUAUACGCUGCUAUUAAAGAUCACAUUACAAAACAUACGGCUUUAAAUAAUAUUGAUAAAAUAACUAAACAUAUUUUGGAUUUUGCCGACUUCAAUCGUGAUGGAAAGCUAACUAUUGCCGAAGCACGAAGCAUUUGGUCACUGGUGCAAAUUGAUGAAUUUUUAUAUUCAAAAAUAUUGGGAGACAAAGAUUAUUUACCAAAAAUAACGGGUUCAUGUGGAAAUUUGUAUAGUUUAGAAAAAAUACAACAAACACGUUUACCAUUAACAGAAGAUGGAGGAAUUGUUGAAUUUAUUUCGGAUCUUUGGCACCAUCAAGAUACAAAUGAAAAUUAUUUUAUGUGCACACCUUAUCCAAAAGCAUUUGGAUAUAUCAAGGAUUAUGAAGCAAAGGUAUUAAAAUUAAACCAUUUGAUUUCUUCCACGUCAUUAUCAAAUCGUCUUCCUCGAUACUGCGCAUACGAUUAUGAUUGUUCAUAUGAUCAAUAUUGUAAAACACGUUGUAACAUUACACAUCAUCAAUGUUCUGUUAGAACUUUAAAAUAUCCAAAUUUUGUUCAGUUAUGUGAUUUAACUCGACAACUAAUUUACAAGGAUGCCAAUAUAACAUUUAUUCAAGAAUUUGAUUUAGUUUAUGCUCAAUGUAUGAAUUUAUUAUUAUUUAAUGAUGAUUCAUAUUCAACACAAGUUCAAUUUCAAAUUGAGCAAUCCCUCGUUAUACAACGUUUACAAAAUUUAUUAUGGAAGCAUGUACAGUAUAAUAUGCAUCGAAUAACAAAAAAGUCAACAAAAAAAGCACCGAUCUGA